AAAGGGGUAUCUCGCCAUGAAAGGAGUGCAUGCUGCAGAGACGAGAAUUGGAACAGCGCUCAGAACUAUGCAUCAGUCUUACCAUGAAGCAAGACGUCAGGGUGCCCGCAAUCUCAACCCCAUACCAUAUCAAGCUGGUUACAUGGGCCAUAAGAUCCAUAUGGACCAAAACGAAAAACUGGCUAUGUUUGGGGUCACCCAUGUUUUAGCCAUUGAUGGCUUCAGCAAAAAGAAUCAUAUAGUUGAACGAAUCUGGCCUGAAGUCAUCAGUCGUGUCAACUAUCCACUGAAGACAGCUCUUCUGCAGUUGGUGGAUCAAGAGGAAAUAUACAUGAACGACAGCCUUGUGAGAUACUGUGUGUCAAACCUGACUGGUCAGUUGUGCCAGAUUGGUCUUACAAGGCUGGUGGAGUCAUGGAAUGCUCACCGAAUUCCAGGUAAAGGUGUACCAAAUGACUUGGCUGGCUGUGGAUGUCCCAAAAAAAUCCCACAGGAGCUGCUGCCUCAUUCAGUUGAUGCAGCAGACCUUUACAGCCAACAGCUGGGAUCCUCACUGACCACACAUUCAACUUUUGGAGUUGAUCCAUUUUCAACUGAACAGGACAAACUUAGAGUUGAGAAUCAGUUUGCUGAGCAAUAUUCAGACAUCUCAGACUUGUUCUCUAGAGCAGUGAACAAUGACUUGGCUCCGUACAAACAGGCAUUGCUCUGUCUUAUAACCACAACUCAGCACAAUGUGAGAAAAGCAGAUUGCUCUAUUUGA